UCACCCUGCGUCGUCCAUCGAUGCAGUUCACGUAAAUCCGUGUUAUUUUUGCAGCUGCUGUUCUUUUCCGUUCAAUUUUUUGCGUUAAAAUGGAUAAACCCGACUGUAAGUAUGGUGCCUCGUGCUACCAGAAAAAUCCGGCUCACAAGGAAAAGUAUCGGCACCCUCCAAAAGCAAACGAUGAAGCAGCUGAGGCGGAAGAUAAACCGGAGGUAGAAAGCCCUAAGAAUAUUGAAACCUCUCCUAACGUAAAUAAACGCCAUGGUGCUUCGGAAUCGGUCAACGAGGAUGUGUUGGAUGAAAUUAAGCGAUGCAAGCGGCCUCCGACACCGGAAAAAGAUGACGGCAACCGGGAGGAAAGCGACAAAAGUCAUGAGUAUUAUGGAAUGACCCGACAGAGGUACACCCUUCCGGAGGUUCCAAUGGAUGUGGGAAUGAUGAGCGAUAUUUACGAUCCGCAGAUCGAAUUUUGCAAGAAGGAAGAGUAUAAGGACCUGUGCAGGAAUUCUAAGGAAUUUAUUCGGCACAAGUUUCUGGUGCAAAUGCCAGAUUGUUUCGAUUCCUUUUGGGAUUAUUGUUUGUCGAAAAGCAAGGAUAAUCCACAGGAGGUGUUUGAUAAGCUGGGCCUUCGAUUAGUUGGUCCGUUCGAUGUUAUGGGAAACAAAUUCCAGGAUGCGAAAAUCCACGAACCCGGCGAUUACCUACGCCACUGGCGGUUUUAUUUCGAUCCUCCGGAGUUCCAAACCGUUCUGGUGAAAAAGGGAACGGGACUUCACUACGGUUAUUGGCGAGAUCAGUUGGACGAGGCUAGUGGAUUGGUUGCUGUUAAUGAUGUUAACAAGGGUUGCGAAUUUAAAAUGGUUGGAGAAAAUAUUUUCGAUGCUGUGAUACACUUUCUCGAGAACGAAGUUACAACGACCCCAUUCAACAAAGCGCAGAUCGCUUCCUUUAAAAAAUCCCUCGAAGAUUGGGCUAAGGAGCGUAACAUUCCCCUGAAAGGGCAGGAUAAGUUGAAAGCACGCAGCAAAGCUGUAGUAUGUAAAACUUUCCACAAGGCCGGCAUCGUAGUGCCUUUCGAUCGUAAGCAACAGCUUGGCUACCGUCAACUGUUGGAGAGUGAUGCAAACUUGAAAAAAAUCCUAGCCAAAUUUGACGGCCUAGAUCGAGUGAAAGAUUCCGAUGAAUUUACGGCAGCCAAAACAGCUCUACAACCGAUCAUUACCGGAGCCUUUAUCGCGGUGGAUGAAUGUGAUUUCGGAACAGCCCUGGAGUUGGCCAUCGAUUUGUUCUGCCACGGAACCAGUAAUCUUCAUGACAUAAUGAAACCGUUGUUCGUGACGGCCUAUUCCCAGCUACAGAGGCCUGGAUUUAUCGCUAUUAUAAAAUCGCAUUUGGAUAACCGCCGUAAAGGAAUCGAUCUGGAUUUGCUGGCCAAAUGAGGAGUUACUUGAACAUUAGUUUCCUUCGUUGUUUCCACAAAAAAAUUACAGUUUCUUGAAUCAUUGCUGUCUCAUUUGAGUAAAUCUACAUUCUACAGUAAUUAUUAUACGCAUGAG